GGGAGAGGAGGAAGAACCGCAUCCCUUUCCACAACUCCCCUCCUCACAACGGGGGAGUCACUCCUCCUCCCGCCGUUUUUACUACAGCCAUGGGGGACCAGAUGCUAACUCACUCUGAAAGCCAUGGCAGAUACGGGGAUCAAUACAACCGAUUUCCGAAUGACUCAUUCAAGUGCUAGCAGUUUCUAGAGUAUACAACAACAUCUCGCUUCCCUUGUACAAGACGUUCACUGCAACCGCAAAUUACAGCACAGGGUGGAACUACAUCAACACGCGGAAACAUGGGUAACGAUCCAGAAGCAUCCGCCUGCUUGCCGCCAUACAUUCAACAACUGGCCACGGCAAUCUCCUCCUCCGACGGCUACGCUGUCAUCUCCAUUGCUGCAGCCACCCUUGCCGUGGGGUUAAACUUAAUCCAGGCCGUCGUCGUCAUGCUCUUUGCCUGCACAUGGAAGUCCGCCUACUACAUUGCACUCUGCUUCUGCGGACUGCUCUCCGCCGUCGCCCUCGUGUGGCACGUUGUCGCCAUUCGCCUGCCGCACACGGAAGGCUGCGGGGCCGUCCCUUCGGCGCUCUCCAUAGCCGUCCUCGUCGGAUACACGGCUCACAUGACGGCUCCGAUCAUCCACCACUGCAUAGCCGACACUUGGCCGAGAGCGUUUGCCAGCCACUCUCGUAACCGUGGCAUCUGCGUUCUCCUGAACGGCUUUGCCUGGUGCGAGACGGCCCUUCUGGCGGCCGCCGUGCUCUCCGACUGGCCCUCCGUUCCGCCGACGCCUCGAGCAACCUCGCUCGGUGGCAACAUCUUGACUCAAAGAGAGAGUGCUUGGGAGGACGCCUGCGCACUGCCGCGGUUCUGGUCGUCGACGUUCUCGGUCUUUGUGUCCGUCCUCUACUUCUUGCACGUCCUCCUGGACCUGGUCAUCCUGGCCGACAUGACGCUCGCGGACGGGAAGCAGAGACAGUAUUCCGAGUGCGACAGUGUCUACGAGUACAGAGUGAGAGGCGAUCUACGGCAGUUAUGGACAAAGUUCUUUCUCCUCAUCCUGGGGACCUCGCCCUUUGUUGCUACCAUGCUGUAUCAAGCCGCUGGUCCCUUUGGUGCUCACUGCACGCUGUUCAAGGAGCUGCUUCCAGUAUGGACACUGAUCAGCAGCGUGAUGCUCGGCGUGGCGCUACCGCUGGUGCACGUGUUCAGCGACGAAGUGGUCGCUGGUGGUUCAAUUAUGGUGCUGAGGAGACUGUUCUGCUGCACCUGCUCGAGGCGGUCGAGGGUUGGCCCUCAGCCAGAUCGCGUUCCGUGCCACCAGAGGUUCUAACUAGUGAAGCAUGUCGUUACAGCACCAUGCCAAAGAUGGAGCUUACCACCGAAAAUGAGUUAAGUCCUGUCAAGCAAAGUUCAAAUUUUGAAGCGGUGGACUGCGCCAGUCAAUCACAAGCAUUUAUGUAAACGUGCUUUAUAUCAUAUCGACGUCGCUCACUCAAGCAAGGUUGUGAUGCACCGCACAAUUUUAGAGUUGAGCCCUUACAAUCAUGUUCUGUGAACAUUGUAUUCCAUGUGGAGGUGGUCCAAAGACACUAUGCUUGCUGUGCCGAGCACCGUAGUCAUGUAUAUUUUCAAAUAGUGAUGUAGCACAGGCCAUCGUGCAUGCCUAAUUAUGACGCACUAGUGAUGCACUCUAGUCACUGGGUUCUAUUUUCAAUAAAGCACAUCAAACAAC